GCGUUGCCACGUGAAAUUUUCCGCUCAUACUAGCAUUUCGCAUAUAAUAUUACAAGAUACAUUCCGUUUCUUAAACGAUUGAACUUGGAAGAUACUAUCUUGCAUGGGGCACGCUUAAUUGCGUUGUGAAAUAGAGAAUAAUGGUUUCAGCAAAUAUAUUUGAAGAGCGUGUACCAGUCUAAUUAAAGACAAAUAAAUCGGUACCUUGCUUGUUAACAAGAGCAGGGAGGAAAGAGUUCUUGCAAAAAUUAGUUCUAACAUAAUAUGGUGAUUUCAAAAUUGUUCUCUACUGGCCAGUAACCUCAGUACUGCCGAUGGAAAAAGGAAAGCGGCCUUCAGAAGAAGCGAUAUGUGGCGUACCAUAAAUAAAAUUUAUUUCUAAUUAUAUUUAAAGAUUGACAUUAGCAUUAUAAAAUUUCUUGUUUGGGUUUUUAAUUUUCACGGUCCCUCAUGUUUUUAAACGCCAACUAUUGCCUUCUACCAACCCACCCAAGAAGGAUAAACUAUCUAAAAAUAUUUUCUUUGUGGGUCAUCAUAAGUUAAAUUAAUAGAAGAAAUAAUAAAAAUUCAUCAGUGCAUGAUAAUUGUGGAUAAUCAAGGUUUUGUGCAGCCUAAUGGCAUGCUUGAAGCGAUUUCUCGACGGACAAGAUCCAGAUUAUGAAGACAGUGCACCGAAUGAAGCCAAGCGUCUACGAUUGCUGGAGCAAAAUGCCAAGGCGGACGUGUCUCAGAGGGUGUGCGCGAUCGUGGAGCGAGAGUUCGGCAAGGAGCUGGGCUCCAAGGAGCGCGAGGCGGUGUGCAUCCAGGAGAGACUGCACCACGCCCAGAAGACGCUGCACCUGCUACGCUACGCCAUCGUCAGGAACUACUACACGCGGAGCGAGAGUCAGCAGAGCAGCCAGCAGACCCACAUCCACCCGGCCGUCAAGAAGCUGAUCGGCAAGCAGCCGCAGCAUCCGUUCCUGGGACAGCUGGAGCAGCGGCCGUCCAAGUACCGCCAGGCGAGCAGCGUCGCGCUGAAGAGCGAGCCCCCGGACCCAGAGUCCCCGGGCCUCGGCGCGGGGCCCGAGACCAGGGUGACCAAGGUCCCCCGCUACGUCCCGCCCAAGCCCGACGAGACCAAGCUACAGCCGCAGAUAGGCUUGUCCAGGGGACUGCGGCACAAAGUUAAGAAAAGGUUGGUGAUCGGUAACAUAUCCAAGUGGAUUCCCGUGGACUCCCGGGAAGACUCGGCGAGCCACAAGUGGAUGAUUUACGUGCGGGGCCCGAGGGAGGCCCCGGACGUGUCGGGAUUUGUCUCCAAAGUGCGCUUCUUCCUGCACCCGAGUUUCCGCCCGAACGACGUCGUGGAAGUGACUUCGCCGCCGUUCCACCUGUCGCGGCGGGGCUGGGGCGAGUUCCCGGCGAGGGUGCAGGUGCACUUCAGACACCCCCUCAACAAGCCCGUGGACCUGUUGCACCACCUGAAGCUGGACAGCUCGUACACCGGCCUGCAGAGGCUAGGUGCGGAGACGGUUGUGGACAUCUGGCUGUACGUGAUCCCCACGCCCCUGAGCUGCGCCCCGGGAGAAGGGAACUGCUCCGACGAGCAGGUCGGUGACGCGAGGCUCCCGUCCACGGACGAGACCGGCCCGACCGCCGAGCGUGCGUCGCCCCUCGGCCGCGGGAAUGUGAGCGGCGCGGAGCUGCACAGCCCCUACACGUGUGCGCAAGGCGGGAACGCGUGCGUCAAGGAGGAGUCCGGGAUAGAGAGUUGUGGCUCGAGUGACGCGUCUGAGCCGUCGUUCUGCAAAGUUGAGCCGCAAACGCGCGAGGAGGAAAUUCCCUUGCACUCGGCGGCCGGUCGUUCGGAUUGCAACGUCACCAUCAAAGAAGAACCUUUGGACAGUGACGCGGAAACGAACUGUGGCAACCUUGCUAAAGAUGUGUUUGCCGACUGUGGUAUCAAACUGGAGACGGUUGAAGAAGAAAUACUGGUUGAUGACACGUUAGAGAGGUGCGUGGGCAUCAAACAAUUUGAGAACAAACUAGAAGUUGAUGGCCCUUCAGAGAAUGGCCCUGAAAAUUUUGAUGACAAACCUGAGUUCAUUAGCACCAUGUUUGACCAUGAUUAUUUCAGCUGUGCGAAACCACCAAGAAGAGAAGAAAAAAGAUCCAAAGUAGUGAACGAGGGUAAUUCGACAAAAAUGUGUAAUGGCAGUGAUAAUAAUGUUCCUUUUUCAGUCAUGAAUGGUGUACGAGAACAUGAUGUAAAUGAUUUUCCAGAAACCAAAACAAGUAGUGUAGAUAGUAGUUUGUUGAUUACCAAUCCAGUAGAACAUCCUGUAGGUAAAGUAGCCACCAGUAACUCCUCCACCUGUGCCGGCGCGGCCAAAGUGGCACCAGACGUGCAGAGUGUGGAUGUGUCGAGGAGAGCAGGGACGCGCGUGAAGUGCAUGGACUCGUCGGGGAAUGUGUUUUACAUCACGCUCUCCGGAACGAGAUCGAACAGCUCCAAGCCCGAGAAGCCGAGCACCGCAGCGGUGAGGCCUCGGCUCCCGUGCGUCACCCGGACUGGUUGCUCUACGGCGACGGUUCCCGACAACUCUGCGGCCGCCGUCCCCCAGUUGCCCGUCUCUGGAGGGCGAGAUACGUGCUCCGUCCCCUCUGGCACCGCGAUUCCAACGCUAUCCCGGUCCUCCGCCAACAUUGCUUGUCACGUGGUAAACAAUGCAGUGCGAGACAGCAAGUCGCUCUUGUCGAAUUCGUCGUUGCCACCAGCAAGAAGUGCGUCGGAUGUGAAGAACGUACAGGUGGCUGACGGCAGCGUGGGUAGUGUGCAGACUAUGACGUCCAAGAAGGUGGUGCUGGUGACGAAACAAGCCCCGCCCGCCGGGACGCAGCCGGGGCGGGGCCAGACGGUCCUGCUGCUGAGGAACGGGCAGUGCUACGUGGUGAAGCAGCCCCAGCAGCAAGCCGCGGUCUUCAAGAUGCCAGCGGCCGGGGUCUCGAGCGGCCCGCAGCCCAAACCGGGCUGCAGUCUGCUGAAGACGCGGGUGACGAACGGCCAGGCCCUGCCUCCCCUUGCGCCCAUCGCGCGGCCCGGCGCCAAGAAGGCCGACCGCAAGAUGGUCGUGCUGAACCGCGCGCACGGCCCCAUCACCGCCGCCACGCCGCCCCGAACGAGCCACCACGAGGAGGCACUCAAGGCCGCGGUGGAGGCGUGCCGGUUCCCCACACAGACGCUGUGCGUGCGCUGGCUGCUGCGUCACCUGCCGCUGGUGAGCCGCCUGGCGUCCGACCGCGCCUUCAGGGCCGUGCACCCCUACGCAGCGCCCUCGCACGGCGCCUUCCUCGCCUGGAACAUCGGCAAGCAGCGGGCCGCCGAGUGGCUGAGGGCCAAGAAGGUGCAGAAGCUGCUGCUGCAGCUGCAGCAGCUGCAGCUGAGCUGCGCGAAGGACGUGUGGUCGACCCGCGCCAUCGUCGAGUGGGCGCGGCGGCACGGCUACACCCCGGUGUCCCAGCACGGCGGUGACAGCGGGGGGCCGAAGACUCACGAGCUGCCGUGUGCCGUGCCCGAGGGGGGCAGCACGCUUUCCGAGCCCAUGCAGGUGCUGGAGUGGCUGGAGACCAGCGGCAGCGCGACCCUCCGCGCCGACGAUGACGUGGAGAUAGACGUCGUGGGUCUGCCCGCGCCCGCGCCCAUCGCGCGACCGGCGGCCGGGGCGGAGCCCUGGAGGGGAGGGGAGGGCAUGGAGCACGACCCGACCGUCGAGGCGAGCUGCGCGCUGCUGGGCGAGGAAGUGCGUCGCCUGGGCUUCAAGAUGGCCGCCGAGCCCGUCGCGCCCGGGAUCCUGUACCCCGCCGCCGAGCGGGUCCUGUUGGAGGCAAUGAAAUCUCUCGCUGAAGAUCUGUUGAGAAGAGCGCUUUGUAGAGCGUGGGUGCGGAAUUCUAACAGGCCCCCGGAGACGGUGAUGGCGUGCGACGUGGUGGAGGCCCUGCUGGGCAGGCCGGAGUUCGACAUGUUCACCAACUUCGGCCUGGGCGUGCAGGCGACGGACACCGGCUGAGGACGGUCGCUCCUGUGCGUCGUCAGAGCAGGUGUGUCGCCCGGAGGGAACGGUCAGUCCCGGUCCCAGCCGACGGGGAUGCGGUGUCGCCACACCUGGCGAGCCAGCCAGUCGUGAAGGGGCGCGUAGUACUGGAGGAGGGGCCCGGCGCUGUAGCCCCGCUCGCCCGCGACGGCCUCCAGGGCGGCGGGCCAGGGCCGGCUGCUGCCCAUUUCCAUCAUGGCCCUGCCAGCAGCCCACCAGACACUUGCUACAGCCCACCAGUAUCUUGCUACAGCCCGCCAGACACUCGCUACAGCCCGCCAGACACUCGCUACAGCCCGCCAGACACUUGCAACAGCCCACCAGACACUUGCUACAGCCCGCCAGACACUCGCUACAGCUUGCCAGACACUCGCUACAGCCCGCCAGACACUCGCUACAGCCCGCCAGACACUCGCAACAGCCCGCCAGACACUCGCAACAGCCCGCCAGACACUCGCAACAGCCCGCCAGACACUUGCUACAGCCCGCCAGACACUCGCUACAGCCCGCCAGACACUCGCAACAGCCCGCCAGACACUCGCUACAGCCCGCCAGACACUCGCUACAGCCCGCCAGACACUCGCAACAGCCCGCCAGACACUCGCAACAGCCCGCCAGACACUCGCAACAGCCCGCCAGACACUCGCUACAGCCCGCCAGACACUCGCAACAGCCCGCCAGACACUCGCAACAGCCCGCCAGACACUCGCUACAGCCCGCCAGACACUCGCUACAGCCCGCCAGACACUCGCAACAGCCCGCCAGACACUCGCUACAGCCCGCCAGACACUCGCAACAGCCCGCCAGACACUCGCUACAGCCCGCCAGACACUCGCUACAGCCCGCCAGACACUCGCAACAGCCCGCCAGACACUCGCUACAGCCCGCCAGACACUCGCUACAGCCCGCCAGACACUUGCAACAGCCCGCCAGACACUUGCUACAGCCCGCCAGACACUCGCUACAGCCCGCCAGACACUCGCUACAGCCCGCCAGACACUCGCAACAGCCCGCCAGACACUUGCAACAGCCCGCCAGACACUUGCUACAGCCCGCCAGACACUCGCUACAGCCCGCCAGACACUCGCAACAGCCCGCCAGACACUCGCAACAGCCCGCCAGACACUCGCAACAGCCCGCCAGACACUCGCAACAGCCCGCCAGACACUUGCAACAGCCCGCCAGACGCAUAUGGGUCGUAGUUAGGCCUGCGCGAAUAUCAGUUUCUUAGUUCGCAUGGAAUACGAAUAAGAAUAUCAAAUUAUUCGCGAAUAUGAAUAUUGAAUUCAAAUAGUAAGAAAGAGAAUUACAAUCCCGCUAAAAAUAGUAAGAAUGAAAAUUGCAAUCCCACUAAAAAAUGUUUUUUAUGUCAUGUAAAAACUUCGGAAAAUUAGACAAAUAAUACUAAAAUAAAAAAUUUCUUAAGUUAAGUUAACUACAGUAAUUAUAUGGAAAAAGUUUGUUAAAAUAUUUAAAUUAUAAAUUAAUUGUUUUUUUUUUUUAAAUUAUGUAGGUAAUCUAACCUAACUUUAUCAACCAACCAACCAACUCUUAAUUUCAGUUCCUAUUCGCCUUAUUUUCCACAACCUGCUACUUUACAUGGAAAAAUUUUACUAACUGCCAAAUAUCGUGGAAUAUUUAAAAAAAAAAAAAAAAAAAAAUGUUAAUGUUGUAUUCCCAAAGCAGUGAUUGAAUAAGCUUAUAUUUACAUAUUUUAAAUGUAAUUAUUCCUGAAUUUUAGUUGUUUGACUGGCACCAGGUAAUUUGUAUUUUAAUUCAUCAAUAUUAUAGACACCAUUUUUGCUAAUUUCAUGCUACUGUAUCACAUGGUGUUAGAUCGAUUAUGGCUAUUGAAUUAUCCGCCGUUGAAACUAUGACAAUACUUUUUUUAAUGCCCAUUUCGAUGGAGUGUCCAUGUUUUGUUGUGGUAUAGUCCGUGGUUGUUGACGUUUAUUUUUUACCCACUCGUAGUGUGUGUGACGUAAAGAAUACAAAUAAUAUUUUAUUUUCAAGUUUUAAAUGAUAAAUAUGACGUGUUUUGGAUUGUUUACGCAAUUUUUUUUCACUAUUUAGCGAGAUAGUAAUGAAAAAAUCUUUGAGUAUAUGUUGCAUGUUUUAAACGUCGCUCUUUGUUAAUGUUUUUGAUUCUGAAGUCCCAUUAAACAUGAAAUAAGUAUGUAUGUAUGUAGAACAAAUGACUGACAAUGGCAAUGACAAGCAUUCUUCAGGUUUCUACACCUUUUUAAAAAGUAUACAUGUAAUUAAUUCAAAAUUUUUUGUCAUUUUGAAAAAUAUGAAAUUAGUAAAGGUAUUAAAAUGUGAAGUGAGCUAACUUCCAUGUGGAUAAAGUUAUAAUUUUUUAUUAUACUCUUGUAAAACCAUUUUCAACAGGGCGGAAUCGACCAAACCACCACUGAAUUAAUAAAUUUAAACUUUCUGAAAUUUUUUAUUAAUAAUGUAUGUUUAUUAAUAAUUACUAGUGUGAAGGGUUCAAAGUUCAUAGCAUUGGAGUUUUAUUGCAUCAGAGGUAGUGCAAUGAAAGAGAUGGAAACUUUUAUUUGAGACUAGUGUGUAUGAAGGGCUUAGUCAUUUAAAAUGAAACUAUGUGCUCCUACGUAAGUAAGCCUUGUCAAAGAUUGCUCUUGUUUCAUUGUAAGUCUGUAACUGUGGUGUGCAUGUAACUUCAUGAAAAUGGAGAGAUUGAAUUUGGUUCAGUUUAGAACUACUAUAACAUCAUUUGUACAAAAAAAAAAAAAGAUCAAUUUCAUUGUGUGAUUAAGUGGAGUUCAAUUAAAUGAAUUAGCUGUUUAAAGGAAGUGCUUAAGUUGUGCUUUAAUUUUCUGCUGUUUCCACAUAGCUUUAUGUGUUGUAAUUAUAGUCUGUGAAUGAUUAUUCUGCAUUUAUUUGUGUUAUCAUUUGUGAUAGUAAAGUUGUCAUUUGUUUCA